AAUGUAAGUGAAUUCAAAAGUUGCACUUUUGCUUAUUCAAUGCUGUUGUACUAUUUUAAGCUUAAUAAUGUUCCGGUUAUUAUGGUUGAUUUUGAGUGAUCUAUAUGCUCGAUCAUUGCAUUUAAAUUUUCUAAUAGAGUUCAAGUUUUUUUUUAUAUUAGGCCUUCUUUCGCUGUCCUCUAGUUGUAUUUUACUGUUUUGGAGUUUGAAACAAGUAAGUUAUUAUAUUAUUUUUUUUUUUUUUUUUUUGUCUCACGGUUCAUUUACGUUUAUAUAUGUAUAAAUAAGUUUAUUUUCAGAGCAAUUUUAUUGAAGACUUAUUGACAACGAUUAAAGCAAUUUUGACAACUCUCAGUUUGAUGUUGUAUUUUUUGUCUUGUGCUUACAACAGGCAUAACAUACGUUUAUGUUAUGUAAAAUGUUUGGACGUCUUGUCCUAUAACAAAAAUACAUGUUUAAAAAUGUCGUCUGUAUUUAUCAUAAGUGGUAUGCAUUUGUUUUGGUUUGUUGUGUUUUUUGUCAACUCAGUGAUCACCCGAGAGCCUGCCAUCAAUCUAGUGCUUCAUGCUCAAGAUUUCCUCUGUUUCAUGUUUGAAAUGCAAUUUUACGUGAUUAUUUUGCUGGUGAAAUCAUCACUUGAAAUGGUCACUCAUAGGAUAUCCAACUUUUUUCAUAUGAUCAAGGAAAACAAAAUUGAUACAAAACUUAUUUUGCCAGAUUAUUUUGCAAAUUGUUUAGAAGAUACUAGAUUGUUACAUAUGGAGAUAUUUGACAUGAUGGUAAAUGUUAAUAAAAUUUAUGGUCUUAAUAUAUUAACCAUAAUUAUUCAAUCAAGAAUUUUGUUCGCCAUAAACUUGUAUUCAUAUAUUACGAGUUUUUCAGUAAUUGGACUUGUAGAAAGUAUUGCAACAUUUCAAAGAGUCACAUUGCUAUGUUAUUGCAGUGAACUGAUCAAACGAAAUGAAAAUAUUAUUAAGAGUAUGGUAAAUGAAAUGGAUAUAAAUUUAUUGCCCGGAGACAAUUAUAAGCAACAGAGACUUUUAUUUAAUCACCAAGUACAAAAAUUGAAGUUUGAUUUGGAGGCUUUAGAAAUGUUUCCAAUAAAUUUAGAAACACUUCUAUCUAUAUUAAUAACUACUGCCAGUUACCUUCUUCUAUUCAGCCAAUUAAAUUUAACUUUAUAAAUCUAAGAUUAAACUGUGUCAUUGUAUUAAAUAAUAAUUUAUUGAUUA